ACUUGCUGCUGGAGCUUUAGUGCUUCCUGCGGGGUGUUAAGGAACUUCAUCUCCUCUUGUCUCCAGGGCAGGUGAGAGGAGACAAACACCCCCCCACCCCUGGGCAGCUAUACUGCAUUCCCUCUUGGUACCCCAGGGCGGGAUGGGCAGAGGAUGUGCGUAGGUUUAUGACUGAAUACCACCAUACCCUUUCUUGCCGAGGCUGAGAGGUCUCUAGGUCUCAAGAUUCUCUGCCCAUCAAGUGGGCUACCUCUGGGGAUAGGGAGUGGUGUAGUCUCCAUGGAGACUUCUAUCUCAGAAGGUAAGAGGCUUGGAAAGGAGCGGAUUUCUGAAAGUGCCAGAAAGUACCUUCACCCUGAGAAAAGAUGAUGGAGUCGUUUCCCUUGGUAUCAGAAUUUUUCUCCAAAGACACUUUCCUUGUGGAGCUCCAGUUCUGGGUCUUUGCCUUCAGUGUGCUCACCCCAAGACCAGCUUUUCCCCAGGGCCUGACAGUUUUAGACACUGGAAAAAGGAGGAAGUGAGAAGGAAGCCAGGUCAGAGUGACUCCGGUGGACCUGGAGGAGGGAGGAGCAUUUGCUUACCUGAGAGUGCUGGCCUCUCCCCUUGUUUGCUCUGAGAUAGCCAGGCUCACUCCUGCCCAGCACACUGGAGGCUGCCCUUGGGGCACUCCCUUGGCUUUCUCAGACUCAGAUACCCACACAGGCCAACACCACGCUGAGCUAGGUGGCCAUGGCGUGGCUCCUUGGGCCUUUCUUCUGCAGGACCCUGCUGGGUUUCCUGUGCCUGAAUGCCCUGGGGCUGGCCGUGGAAGUGAAGGUGCCCACCGAGCCACUGAGCACGCCUGUGGGCAAGACUGCCGAGCUGGUCUGCAGCUAUAGCACGUCUGUGGGAAGCAACUUCGCCCUGGAGUGGAGCUUUGUGCAGCCCGGGAAGCCCAUCUCUGCGUCGCAUCCCAUCCUGUACUUCACCAAUGGCCACUUGUAUCCCACUGGCUCUCAGGGAGAGCGGGCCAGCCUGCUCCAAAAUCCACCCACAGGAGGGGUGGCUACCCUGAAACUGGUAGAUGUCCGCCCAUCGGAUACUGGAACCUAUCUCUGUAAUGUCAACAACCCGCCAGAUUUCUACACUAAUGGUCUGGGACUAAUCAACCUUACUGUUCUGGUGCCCCCCAGUCGGCCCUCCUGCAGUCAGAGUGGGACGACGUCGGUGGGAGGCUCUGUGGCACUGAGGUGCAGCUCUUCCCAAGGAGCUCCCAAGCCAGUGUACAGCUGGGCUCGCCUGGGAUCCUUCCCUACGCCUCCUCCCGGCAGCAUGGUUCAAGAUGAAGUGUCUGGGCAGCUCAUUCUCACCAAUCUCUCCCUGACCUCCUCGGGCACCUACCAAUGUGUGGCCACCAACCAAAUGGGCACAGCAUCCUGUGAGCUGACCCUCUCUGUGACAGGUUCCUCUGAGGGCCGAGUGGCCGGGACGCUGAUUGGGGUGCUUCUGGGUGUGUUGCUGCUGUCAGUCACUGUGUUCUGCCUGAUCAGGUUCCAGAAAGACAGGAAGAAGACGCCCAAGGAGACCUAUGGGGGCAGCGACCUUCGGGAGGAUGCUACUGCUCCUGGGGUUUCCGCGCAGGCCUCUCCAGAGGCAGAUUCUAGAAAAGGCCUUAUGGAGAGGUCCCCAUCUGCCAGCACGACGACGACCACCAAGUCCAAGCUCCCUGUGAUUAACUGACUUCUCAACCCCUUCCCUUUAGUGGAUGCGCGGGGUGGGGGGUGUAUAGCAAUGAUUAAAACCUUUGGGGUACAA